AUGGCUCGCACUACUACACGUUGUGUUGACCAUACUCAAUGGAAUUGCACCAAGUUCCUCAUGCCCAUCGACAAAUGUAAUGCCACAACGUCAAUUUAUAUUAAGAACUCUACAAUAUCCAACCCCAACAUCUUCCCCAGACAAUACAGUACACGAAUAGACAACACUCGCAACUACAAAACCCAAUCAUCGAAAGCCCUCAAAGGCUCACCUAAUCGACCCAAAAUGCCUCUCAUGGAACGUACAACCACCGUCCGCGCUGAUCAUACCCAUUGGAAGUGUGUGAGACCCGAGCGGAACGGGGGCUACUGCAAUACAACAAUGGCUAUGCUUGAAAACCAGUGCAGAAAGUGCGCUGCUAUUCGUGAACCCAGAUUUGCGUAUGCAAUGACCCGAGAAGGGCAUAAACUUGGAGUUCUUGGGAGUGUUGAUAUAGAUAAUAUCGAGAUGUGA